GUCCACUGUUGGAAAUUUUUUCGUUUCUUUCAGUAGUUAGAGUAGCGAUCCCAACAAUAAAAGUAGAAUGAUGGCCGAGGGAACAUGGAGCAACUGGCUUCAACGUUGCCGAGAAUCUCGGAAGCUCGUUUUAGUGAUAGUAGCAAUUGCACUCCUUCUAGACAAUAUGUUACUCACUACUGUUGUUCCGAUAAUUCCGGAAUUUCUCUACGACAUCAAACAUCCAAAUGCAACGUUAAGUGAACAUCUUGAAGGAGGACAUCAUGUAACUAAUCCAACAACGAUGAUUCCUAUUAUUAAAACGACUCCAUUUACUCCAGCUAAAUGCACAUGUCCUUCAUCUAAUGUUUCUGAUAACAGUCCACUAGAAUUUCUUCAAGCGACAAAAAAUCCUACAUCUGUCAGUGCACUUGGUCUAACGGUGAAUACAUCAAGUGUUAAUAUUACAACCAAAGAAGAGCUUGAAAGACUCCAGAGACAUCAUGAACUAUUGGAAGAGACUACAGCAGUAGGCAUCAUGUUUGCUUCGAAAGCAUUUGUUCAAUUACUGGCAAAUCCUAUUGUAGGACCUCUGACACAUAAAAUUGGUUAUAGUGUUCCUAUGUUUGCUGGUUUCAUUAUUAUGUUUAUAUCAACUCUCAUCUUCGCAUUUGGUCGAAGCUAUAGUAUUUUAUUUUUGGCCCGGGCUCUACAAGGUGUUGGUUCAUCGUGUUCUACAGUUUCUGGCAUGGGAAUGUUAGCUGAUCGAUAUCAAGAUGAUAAAGAAAGUGGUAAUGCAAUGGGUAUUGCAUUGGGAGGACUGGCUUUAGGGGUUUUAAUAGGGCCACUUGGAGGGUUGAUGUAUGAAUUUGUUGGCAAAUCAGCUCCAUUCCUGGUUUUAUCAGUAUUAGCUCUUGGCGAUGGAUUAUUACAAUUGUUAAUGUUACAACCAUCCGUUGUUUACACUGAAACAACAUCACCAUCGCUAAAAGCUUUGAUUUCGGAUCCUUACAUCAUUAUAGCUGCAGGUGCUAUCACAUUUGCUAAUAUGGGGAUCGCUAUGUUGGAACCAAGUCUACCCAUUUGGAUGAUGGAUACUAUGGGAGCUAGUCGAUGGAAACAAGGUGCUACUUUUUUGCCUGCCAGUAUUAGUUAUCUGAUCGGAACAAAUCUCUUCGGUCCACUUGGACAUCGAAUGGGAAGAUGGUUAGCAUCAUUAAUUGGGUUACUCGUGAUUGGAGUAUGUUUAAUGAGUAUACCGUUAGCCACAAGUAUUAAUCAUCUUAUCAUUCCAAACGCCGGAUUAGGUUUUGCGAUUGGUAUGGUUGACAGUUCAAUGAUGCCCGAGUUAGGCUAUUUAGUUGAUAUAAGGCAUACAGCGGUUUAUGGAAGUGUAUAUGCCAUUGGAGAUGUUGCGUUUUGUUUGGGUUUUGUUAUUGGUCCUGCAUUAAGCGGAACGUUAGUCAACAGUAUUGGAUUUGCAUGGAUGUUAUUUGGAACUGCAAUUUUGUGCUUCAUUUACGCUCCUCUCAUGUAUCUACUCAAAUCACCUCCUACAAAAGAAGAAAAAAAGUCCCUUAUUAUUGGGGAGAAGUCAUCAGUUCGGUACGUUACUUAUGAAAAUGAGGAAGAUGAACCGUAGGAAUCAUUUUUUGUUUCCAAUAUAUUCGAUCACCACUAGAUGAAAAAUUAAGUAGAUGUAUUUAGAACCUUUAGUAUAUAUAUUCAAAAUUCUUUAAAUUCAAAGAAACUUUUAAUAAGUUUCUAUGUUGAAUAAUGUUUAUUCAUUUAUAUAAAUGAAUGGAUAUUUGAGAUUAAUCAUCAAAAAUAUUAGAUAUAUUGUUUAAUAAAUUAAUGUCCGGAAUUCCAUCUCUUGAGGCUUAAAAAAAAUUACCAAUGACAAUUGUUCUGUUUUGUAGAUAGAAAUAUUGUAUGGUCAUAUUAAUUAAUUUUAUUCAUAGGAAUAUUCUGAAAGUAUUUUUGUUGAAAAAUAUGCAUGAUGCAUGUUACAAGCUACGUGUACCACUUGUAAUAUAAUUGAUUGAAAGAAAAUGAACUUAAUAGUUACAUUAAAAUAUCUAUACUAGAUCGACAACAACGACCAAAGUGGAGAUAGACGUGAGGAUAACUUUUGUUACACAACAAGUGAAUUAUUUAUCAUUGGAAAUAUUUAAACUAUUUCUGUUAUGCUUUAUUAAAAAAAAAAUAAUGUUGUACAUUAAAACUAUGGAUUUA